GUUCAUGUUUGUUGUUGUUGAGACAGGCCUUCCCGUUUCGGCCUUUACUGUAGUAGAGGUAAAGUUGAAACAUAAACAAUGGCCAAGUCAAAGAAUCAUACCAAUCAUAACCAGAACCGCAAGGCUCACCGUAACCCCAUCCGCAAGCCAAAGGUGCUGAUUCAUGCAUCUAUGGGAGGAGUGGACCCCAAGUUCCUUAAGAACCUCAAGUAUGCCCGCAAGCACAACCUUACCCCCAAGGAGCAGAUGGAGAGAUACAAGGAGAGACAAGCACAGAAGGCUGGUAACAAGGAAUAAAGAUGACUUGUGCCAUCCCACACACCACCUUGGGAUGUUCUUCCUUGCGUUUUGUAAUGCAGAAAUAAAGAAAAUGUAAGGUUGA